AUGCGCAGUGAGCAAAGUGAAGCCAAGGGAAAGGGCGGGGCGAGUGAUGGCGGAGCCAGGCCCGGGGAGGAGGAUGAGGAGGAAAAGGAGAGGGAGGAGGAAGCGGCGCCACGGGACGGGAUCAAUCGGGACGAGACGUCCUCGGAUUCAUCAUCCCCUCGUUUCCUGCCGAAUUCCAGAGACACCGCACCCGGCGCCGCCGCCCACGCGUCCCUGUCCCGGUUAACACCGGGAUAACUCCGGGAUAACUUCGGGAGCCGAGGGAUCCCCGGAGCCGCCGGUGCCCGCCGGGAGCUGCGGGGAUGCCCCAGCAGCGGGCAGUGCCCGCGCUGACCACGCUGUGCCUGCAGAACCUGGCCCAGCACAUGCAGAGUUUCUGGGCCAAGGACUACAGUGACAACUACCUGGACGAGUUCGAGUUCCGCUUCAUCGUGGGCCCCUUCAACGACCUGGCCUGCGAGCUGGUGCAGGAGCUGCUGCAGCUGCUGGCGAGCAGCCGGCGGCUGUCGCGCGCGGCGCUGCACCUGCUGCUGCUGCCACACCUGCGCCAGCUCAGCCUGCAGCCCUGCCCCAGGCUCGCCAACAACGCCCUGGGACACCUCAUCAUCGUGCGCUGCCAGCGCCUGAGAGUGCUGGACCUGCAGGGCUGUGAGCGCCUCUCGCCGUCCGUGCUGGUGGACCUGGCCGAGGGGCUGCCGCUGCUGAGCCACCUGGGGCUGGCCCACACCCAGGCCAACGUGCAGGUGCUCUCGGCCGUGGGCUCCUGCUGCCGCCACCUGCGGGAGCUCAACGUGUCCGGCUGCAAGAAGCUGACGCCGCGCGCCCUGUGGCACCUGGGCUAUGACCCCGUGGCACGGAGCCCGGGCUGCCCCAAGCUCCGUGUCCUGCUGGCCCGUGACCUGGAGGACUUCGAGGACGGGGAUGGGGACGCGGCUGCCGUGGCCUUCUUGCUGCUGGCCCUGCCGUGCCUGGAGGUGCUGGCACACAGCGCCCUGCUGGACGCGCUCCGGCUGCUCCACUCGCGGCGGCUGGACGGUGCCGAGGCCCCCGAGGGCUUCCCCUCGCUGGAGGAGCUGCUGCGGGGCCGGGGGGCUGCACCGGAGGGAGCCCUGCUCACGCUGCCCCUGCGGCAGCUGGAGGACGUGGAGGAGGACGCCCUGGGCGCCGUGCGUGCCCUGUGUCCCCAGGCCGAGGAGGUCAAGCUGUGGCUGGAGGACAGUCCCGGCCCCUCAGGGCUCCGGGAGCUGCUGGGCUGGACGUGCCUGUCCCGGGUGAUGCUGGGCUGCUCCGGGCUGCGCGGCCGGGCGCUGGCAGAGGUUCUGCCCCUGGCACAGCACCUGGGCACCCGCUUGCACAGCCUGACCCUGCACGGCUUCAGCUGGCGCGACCCGCUCUCGCUGCCCACCCUGCUCUCCAGCUGCCCCGGCCUGCAGAGCUUCAGCGUCGUGCUGGAAGUGCCGCCGGACCCCCACGCCCACGCCGAGCCCCCCGCCCUGCCACCAGGCUGUGCCACCGACCUGCCCCGCGGGCUGCCCCAGCUGCAGAGCUUCUCACUGAUGCUGCCCUGCCCCGCGCCGGCCUCCUACGGGCCGGUGCUGACCUCCACGCUGGCCUCGGUGCUGUGCCAGGCCCCGCGGCUGCACACCCUGAGCCUGCUGUCCGUGCGCUUCCUGCUGGACCCGGUGCUGGAGGUGGCGCUGGCGGGGCCGGGGCUGCGGGAGCUGCGGGAGCUGUCGCUGGCCGACAGCUUCGUGUCUGCCGGCGCCGUGUGGCAGCUGCUGAGCUCCGACGGGCCCCUGCGGCGCCUGAACCUGGCCCGCUGCCCCGACAUCUACCGGCGCGACUACGACGCCUUCCUGCAGGCCGUGAAGAGGCAGCGGCUGGACCUGGACAUCAUCUGGGACAGCAUCUGGGACUAGCGGCACGUGUGGCGCCGGGGUUUUUAAUAAAAGCAUCACAGUCACGCCUG